AUGUUGCAGAGUAAGUUCAUAUAUCCAUUCAUAGUCAAGUGGCGCGUACCAUGUAUAGAAAAGUCUCCCCUACAAAUCACUUUUAUAGCUGAGUACGCCACAAUAAACGAUCGGAAUGGCAACAAGAAACUUCCCAUAAAGGAUGAGCAAUGGCCUAAACUAAAAGAACCAACUCCUUACGAUAUAUUCGGCAUUUCAAAAGUUGGAUCUGGAAGUUCCAAGUUGGAUAGGAAAUCAUUAAAGAAAAAAUAUCACCGCUAUGUCAAAAUGUACCAUCCUGAUCAUUCUGAUAACAUCCUGAUAUUCAGCUCAGAUAAAGUUAACGAUAGUAGUAGUAGUAAAUCACCAUUGCUGCUAACGUCAAGCGAGAAACUAUAUAGAUUUAAAGUCAUUUCUCAAGCAUAUGAUAUUCUUUGUGACCCAAAGAAAAAAAUCAUAUACGAUACCACAAAACAAGGUUGGACCACACCAUAUUCACCAUCUUCCAACAUAAAUACUGAAAACUAUCAAUAUGCAGGCUCGUAUGGCUACCACUCCAAUGCGCAGUAUGAAUAUUGGAAUGCUGGGACUUGGGAGGAUGCAAAUAGUAUGAAAAAUGAAAAAAUCAAAGAAAACCUCAAUCCGUGGACUAUUAUUGGCAUAGUUGGUGGCCUCGCCAUAUGCAUCGAAGGUGCUGCACUAUUAACGAAAAUCCAGGAAUCCUUAAGCAAGGCCGAAUUUACCCAUGAGGAAAGUGAAUUACAUUUGAUUCAGUCAUACACAAAUUAUGGUCUAGAUACUGAUAAAUUUUCACGGUUGAGACGGUUUUUGUGGUUCAGGACCUGGGGUCUUUACAAAUCAAAAGAGGAUUUAGAUAGAGAAGCCAAGAAUAAUGAAGAAAUGAUACGAAAAUUGCAAACAACUAAGUAA